AUGACAACCUUUUCAUCAAUACCUGCCCACAUCCUGGGUGCCGCAUGCGUUGGCCGCGGUAUAAUGGCUCUCUUCUCACCACGAGCAGAGUACGGCCAUGUUGGUCUUCUUCUCGAACCUGGCAAAACACCCACUGAACCCGGCUUUGUAUCGCCGCUCAUGUAUUUCAAAGGCCUGCGUGAGAUCUCCUAUGGUGCAACGUUGAUGGCGCUUCAAUGGCAAGGAAACGAAAGCGCUGUGACGGCUUUCUCAGCUAUUUUGUCGGUUGUGAGAAUUGGCGAUGGGCUAGUUGUUUGGAUGAAUGGAGGUGAUGAGCUUAGGUACAAAGCUGCUGGGCAUUGGAUUACUGGGCUUGGAUUCGUUGGAUGGGUGCUUUGGAGAUGGAGUUACUGA